AUGGAUCUUGGGAUCAAAAAACGACUGCUGCUCCUUGGAAUUUUCGGAUGGUGCUUUGGACAUGUUUUCAGUUACGGAGAAGAGAGCAGCGAGUUCACUUUCCUUCUGCAAGCUGGGAAAUCCGAUUGUUUCUUCCAACGAGCAAUACAAAAUGGUACGAUGGAGGUCGAAUUUCAGGUGAUAGGAGGAGCUGGCAUGGACGUGGAUUUCACCAUCCUCAAUCCGGAGGGCAUCCCCAUGGUCGCUGAGACCCGUCGCUCUGAUGGUGUUCACGUGGUGGAGCCCACAGUGGAGGGAGAUUAUCAAGUGUGCUUUGACAACAGCUUUAGCCACUUCUCGGAGAAGAUGGUGUUCUUCGAGCUUUACGUCGAAGGACAAGGAGGAGAUGUGGGUGGUGAUGAAGACUGGGGCGGAUUAGAAGAGGUGGAUGAAAACAUGUUGCAGUAUAAGCUACAGGAUAUGAGGGAGUAUAUGGACUCUGUACACAAACGUCUUGAGCGCAGUCGGCAGAUGCAAACAGCCUUACGAGCUUAUGAGGCGCGGGACCGAAACCUUCUGGAAGACAACCUUUGGAGGGUCUCGUUUUGGUCAUGUGCUAGUGUACUAGUGAUGCUGUGCGUGGCAUUAACCCAGGUCUACACCGUGCGGAAACUGUUUGACGAUAAGCGGAGAGUGUGUACAUAG